AUGUCUUACAAAGCAGUUUCUCAAUCUACAUCAGUCGAGGUCCGCGAUGGCUACACGGAACAGCAGCAGCAACAAUAUACAAAGCACCUUAAGCAGCUACUGAAUGAAUUUCAAGGGCGUUGGUGUAAGAAACCACAGUCGGGCAUAAAUUUCACUGACCUUGAACACAUUCGGACCCUCGGAACGGGGGCAUUCGGGAGAGUCAUAUUAGUGAGACAUUCAAAGACGAGUAAAUACUACGCCAUGAAGGUAUUAGAAAAGGAGAGGAUCAUAAAAAUGAAGCAGGUAGACCACACUUUGUAUGAGAAACGUAUUCUUGAGGCGAUCAGAUUCCCAUUCACCGUUUCCAUGGAAACGAGUUUCAAAGACAACAGUUAUAUUUAUUUCGUGAUGCCGUUCGUGUCAGGUGGAGAAAUGUUCACGCAUCUCAGAAAAAUGAGCAAAUUCGACGAACCCCUUGCCAAGUUCUACGCUUGCCAAGUUGUUCUGGCGUUAGAAUAUCUCCACUUUUGCAAUUUAGUUUACCGCGACUUGAAGCCCGAAAACAUUAUGAUAGAUAGAACCGGAUACCUAAAGAUAACAGAUUUUGGAUUCUGUAAGGUACUGCAAGGUAGGACUUGGACGCUAUGCGGAACGCCGGAAUAUUUGGCGCCAGAGUUAAUUUUAAGUAAAGGUUAUGGUUUCUCAGUGGACUGGUGGUCUUUUGGCGUUCUCUUGUUCGAAAUGAAUGCGGGUUAUCCACCCUUCUAUGCCAACGAACCUAUGAAAACAUAUGAAAGAAUCGUCGCUGGCAAAUAUAGAUGUCCAUCGAGCUUCAACGCAGAUCUAAGAGAUCUAGUAAGAAAUACUCUACAAGUUGACAUAAGUAAACGCUUUGGAGUGAUGAAGAACGGUGUAAUGGACUUUAAAAAUCACAGAUGGUUCAAGGGUAUGGUAUGGGAAGCUAUUUUAAACUGUCGUUGGCCAGCUCCUUACGUACCCAAAUGUAAGCAUCCCGGAGAUUCCACUAAUUUUGAUAGUUAUGAUGAGGAGCCUUUGCGGCCGGAUUCAUACUGUCGUUUUCAGUCGGAAUUCCUAGAUUUUUAG